CUGGGGUCUUAGUUAGUGAAAAAUGGGUUCUGCAACAUUACUAAUUUUUAUGACUGCUUUAGUCUUCAGUUCCGGACUUGAACUUCCGGUUAUAGCGUCCCAAGCCUCAGUUCCAAUCAGUGGUCUCAUCGGAGGCAUAGCCAAAAUUUUGGCCAACGUCGUCGAGGCUCUUAACUACAUCAUUGCUUACCUUGGAGUGGGCAUCGAAGGGAUCCUUGCCUCAGUUUUUGGGCUAAUAGGCGAAAUUCUGCAAACCUUGGUGGACACUUUAUUGAAAACUGUGUCCAAUAUAGUUGGCGGUGUCUUGGGCGAUAUUCCACUUCUUGGAAAAAUCUUCACCGAACUUGACACUAAAAGCAACGAAUGUGUUGCUGAGGUCAAAACUGAACUUUUCGAAGAGACUGCAGGAACAGCUUUGCUCUGUGUCACAGAUGGCUUGAACAAAGUUAUAUCUAAUUUGAGGGAUAUUUUGGGGAAUGUGGUCGAAGUCCUCAAUUCCAUCACGAUCCUCCUCAAUGACCUCAAAGACAAGUCGCUUGGCGAUGGCAUGUUUGGACUUCUUGAUGGUGUCGCCGUUCAGAUUAAACUUCUACUUAAGAUUCUUGUUGAUCUUGUGAAAUUUAUAGGAACGGCGAUAUCAGAAAAUGGAGAUGGUGUUAUGUGUCUCAUACAAGUUGUUGUGAAGCUUGUUGUGCAACUCUUGUCUGAGAUUUUUGGUUAUUUGGGUUGCCUUUUGGGAUAAAUAAAUGUAUUUACCGAGU